AUUUGCUAUUCUCUGUAGUCUAUUUUGAUAUUUAAAAUUUUAUAUAUCAAAACAUUUAAACCAAAAUUUUACAUUUUAGAUUCCUAAUGGAUCUACUAUUAAAAAAUGUUUAUCCCAUUUAUAGAAACUUGGUACGUACUAUAAUUAAACGUAAUGCGCAUCAAAUUAUGUCGGAAAAACGAUUUGUUAGCCCUAAUUUAGAUAAUGUAUCUAAAAGAAUAGUAUGGGUAGAUUUAGAAAUGACUGGCCUUGACAUAGAAAAAGACCAUAUCCUGGAGAUAGCAUGUUUAGUAAGUGAUGAAAAACUUAAUGUUGUUGCUACUGGCCCUAACAUAGUUAUUCAUCAGCCUGAUGAGAUACUGAAUUCUAUGAAUGACUGGUGCAUAUCAACACAUGGUGAGAGUGGGCUUACUAAAUCAAGCCAAGAAUCACAAGUAAGUGUAAAGGAUGCUGAAGAAAAGGUAUUAAUUUUUUUAAAAUCACAUGUACCUGAAAAAACAUGUCCUUUAGGAGGCAAUAGUGUUUAUAUGGAUAGAAUUUUCCUAAGAAAAUAUAUGCCCACAUUAAAUGACUACCUACAUUAUAGAAUAGUUGAUGUUAGCUCCAUAAAGGAAAUAGUAAAACGUUGGUAUCCCAAAGAGUAUUCAAAUAUACCACAAAAGAAAUUUGCUCACCGUGGUAUGAAUGAUAUAUUGGAAAGUAUAGAAGAACUUAAGUAUUAUAAGAGUAAUGUCUUUAAGCAGUAGCAUAGUAACAUUCCAUAGACUUGAGUGUUUCUAGAUAACAAUAAGAUAAUUAUGAUACAAAUGCAUUUCUGUUGUAAUAAUAAAUCAAAUAUACAAUCUAAUUUC